AUGGAAAACACAGACCGUUUUCAUCUUUGUCGCCCUCACGGUCAUAAGCAAUCCAAGUUCACUCAAUAUGACUUCCAAGAAGUGAGUAGCAUCAAAUGGGAGUUUAUCAAUAUGACAGAACAAGAAGAGGAUCUCAUCUAUCGAAUGUACAAACUUGUAGGGGACAGGUGGGAUUUAAUAGCAAGAAGAGUGGUCGGACGAGAGGCAAAGGAGAUAGAGAGGUUUUGGAUUAUGAGAAAUUCUGACCAUUUCUCCCGCAAAUGA